AUGAACGCAUCUAUUCCUGCUAUCCCUGUUCGAGAACGUUCACGGAAGCCCAGCGCCUAUGUUGUUCCGCCAGCUUCAGUAUUGCCACCUCCAGAGUGGUGCCCCCAGGUGCAAGAUAUAGUGCGGAAGUCUAGCAUUGCGGUCAGUAACAUGGCGCCGGCACCAUACGCUGUGUCGUUGAAAGAAUUUGUACGAAGUACAGUGGGCGAAAGCCAAGCGGACAACCGUUCGUUCUCGUCUUCAUCUUGGGGUCAUAACAAGGAGGACGGCACCAUGAAGGUUUCUUGGGGUAAGGAAACCAAAGAAGAUGCAGGGUGGAGCAAACAAAGCGACAGCGGUUGGCAGGAAAAGGAGCCAGAGGACGACAAGCGUGGCUGGUACUCAACUGACGACGAAAAUAAUGAUGGUUGGGCGAAGGAUAAUGAUAAAGACAAGGCCGAAGCUGGUGACAGUUGGAACUUCAAGCAAAACAAGGAAGACGCAACGAACGACUGGGUCGACCUAAAGUCUGCCUUGAAAUCCGCCUUUGAGAAUCCACCAGCUCCUAUAGUACCUUGGCAGAAUCAAUCAUGGACUCUUUCCACCGCAGACGCCGCGAAACCCGUUAUCCACCAAGCCACGACCACACCCUUUGCUUCCGCUCCAGCCCCAAUCUCAUCACCAACCAACAACCCGCACCCAUCUUCCCAACGCAUGAGCAACAAAUCCCUCUCGAAAUACCGCUCCAACCACCCCUCUCCGGGGUCAGGUUCAAAACCACACUGGCAAUUCCCACCUCCCCCAUCCACCUCGAUCCAGCCUCUUUUUUCAAACAACACAUACAUCGCCCCCGCCGAACCACGCCUAACCAUCAGCCAACAAGCCUCUAGCACGACAGGCAUCGAACACGCCGUUCGACCAGGGAAAGCAACGCACUACGGUCAUGUGAUAGGGCGACCGGAGUAUCUAGAUGGUUUAGAUAAACCAUAUGCGGUAUUCCGAUUCAAGUACCGGAGUAUAGGAGUUCUGAAAGGCUUGUUCUGUGAAGACGUCGACACAACUACCACCACGUCCAAGAACGAAGUAACAGAAAAGGAGAAACUGAACAUGGAAACGAAGUUGAAAAAUGUGCCGCAGGGAGAUUUGAGCAACAAGACAAUGACGGGGUUGGAGAAGGGGGAAUUGAUGGUGAAAGGCAAGAAUGGCGAUGCUGCUACGACUAGUACUAGUACUACUCCUCCUCCUGAGAAUAAGAGACACGAAAAGGAAAGUAUGGACAAGAGAAGUGGGAGGGAGAAACAGAGAAGAAUGAGUGAGAAGACGGAUGGGGUCGCGAGGAACUUUACGGAACGGUGGGUUGAACGACACUCUAGGGAUCCGAGUGUAACUGCGAAGAGUUUGGACAAGGAUAAGGCUAAGAGACGGGAGAAGGAGAAGAAGAAAAGAGAGAAGCAGAAGAAGAAAAGGGAGAAGCAGAAGGAAGGGGGAGCGGGUGAGACGUGGGGACAGGAUGAUGAUGAUGGGUGGGAAAAUGGAAAUGUGCAAUGGUAG